AUGACCCUCAAUUGGGGUGAAGACGCCAUGGCUUGGUUCUUUUAUCGAGGACUCAAGGAGAACGUCAAGGAUGACCUUAGUCGCUCGGGCAAACCAACCGAUCUGGAAACCCUCAUCCAGAGAUCCCUUGAGAUCGAUAACCGUAUUGCCGAGCGGAUCUCCGAGAAGAGGAGGACGAUCACCCGGUUGGCAAACCCUACACCCAUGCCUGUCUCCAACCCUCCCAUUGCUCCAACAGCCGUUUACCCCUCCUCUCCUUCCACCCUUCGCGUCCCCCUUACCACAGCUGGAAAGCUGGACCCGGACGAAUACAAGCGGCGCCAAGCAAACAACUUGUGCAUCUACUGUGCUUCUUCAGAGCACACCGUCACAGACUGUCCUAUCAUCAAAUCAAAAAAAUAG